UUUUGGGUCGGUGGUAGUGGUCUGGAAAAUAUGGAUGAUCUAUCUUCUUUUAACCGCACUUAUAUGAGCUAUCUCAAUGGAUUGUAUGAGAAAUGGUCAGAGGGGUUUACUGUUGCAGAGUUUUUCAGUAUAAAGCAGGAGAAAUAUGGGUACAAAUGCGAAGAGCUCUUUCAUAAAUGUGAACUGGCUGGGAAGGUCAUGAGCUGCUGUAAUGAUAUAUUCAGAAGACAAGUGGUCAUGCGAAGGGGAGUUUGCUAUCAAACGCGAAGAAACGUCAACCAGACAGAAGCAGAUGAUAUUGGUAGGCUUGUGUUAAACAUAAAAGCUCCGCCUAGCGUCACAAGUCCUCAGUAUAACUACACUCAGCCGCAAAUUAUUGUCUAUGUGACGGAUAACUUUAAAAACGUGCUCGACUUCCCUCGAUUUUACCUGUAUCCUCACGAAUGGAAUCGGAUGCGAUUCACAGCACGAUAUAUAGAGCUACUUGAAAAUGAGCGAGUCUGCACACGAAAGGUAAAUUCUUGGACUGUUGAGAAUCAUCUUAUGUAUAACUAG